UGGGAGAAGAGGAAAAAAGUUUUGAGACUUUUCCGCUGCCGCUGGGAGCCGGAGGCGCGGCGACCGCUUUGCGCAGCGCUGCCCCGAGAGGCAGGAUUUGGGGACACCAGACCGCACCCCCCCCCACCGCCUCGGACGCUUCCUCCCUCCCUGCCCCCUACACGGCGUUCCCCAGGCGCCCCCAUUUCGGACCAGCCCUCAGGAGCCGCAAACCCGACUCCCACGAAGACUUGACCCCAGACCUCGGGCGCACCCCCUGCACGCCCCCCAACUCCCAGCCUCUCUCCUGAGCCCCCGCGCAUCCAAGGACCCUUCUCCUCUGGGAUCCAGGAGACGAGAUUUCUUUCAGACCUGCCUCAGCUUUCCUAUUCAAGACCACCCACUUCUGGUACCAGAUCUCGCCCAUCCCGGUUUUUUCCGUGGGAUACCAAGAACCCACCCAUCAAAGCCUCCCCGCCACCUCCGCUCCGUUCUCCCUGAGGGCCUCAACUUUCCCCCCCAGACCUUCCUACUUUUCUCGGGAGACCCCCCAGCCCCUGUCGGGGCGGGGCCUUCCUCUUGCCACCCCAGCUCGGCUAGCGCUCUCGGCUGUGCCGGGGGGGCGCCGCCUCCCCCAUGCCGCCCUCCGGGCUGCGGCUGCUGCCGCUGCUGCUGCCGCUGCUGUGGCUGCUAGUGCUGACGCCUGGUCGGCCGGCCGCCGGACUAUCCACCUGCAAGACCAUCGACAUGGAGCUGGUGAAGCGGAAGCGCAUCGAGGCCAUCCGCGGCCAGAUUCUGUCCAAGCUUCGGCUCGCCAGCCCCCCGAGUCAGGGGGAGGUGCCGCCCGGCCCGCUGCCGGAGGCCGUACUGGCCCUUUACAACAGUACCCGCGACCGGGUGGCCGGGGAAAGUGCCGAACCCGAGCCCGAGCCAGAGGCGGACUACUACGCCAAGGAGGUCACCCGCGUGCUAAUGGUGGAAAACGGCGACAAAAUCUAUGAUAAAAUCAAGCGGAGCCCACACAGCAUAUACAUGCUGUUUAACACAUCGGAAGUCCGGGAGGCGGUACCCGAACCCGUGCUGCUCUCUCGGGCAGAGCUGCGCCUGCUGAGGCUCAAGUUAAAAGUGGAGCAGCACGUGGAGCUGUACCAGAAAUAUAGCAACGACUCCUGGCGCUACCUCAGCAACCGGCUGCUGGCCCCAAGCGACUCACCGGAGUGGCUGUCCUUUGAUGUCACUGGAGUUGUGCGGCAGUGGCUGACCCACAGAGAGGAAAUAGAGGGCUUUCGCCUCAGUGCCCACUGUUCCUGUGACAGCAAAGAUAACACACUCCAAGUGGACAUUAACGCAGGGUUCAGUUCUGGCCGCCGAGGUGAUCUUGCCACCAUUCAUGGCAUGAACCGGCCCUUCCUGCUCCUCAUGGCCACCCCGCUGGAGAGGGCCCAGCACCUGCACAGCUCCCGGCACCGCCGAGCCCUGGACACCAACUACUGCUUCAGCUCCACGGAGAAGAACUGCUGUGUGCGGCAGCUCUACAUUGACUUCCGCAAGGACCUGGGCUGGAAGUGGAUCCAUGAGCCCAAGGGCUACCACGCCAAUUUCUGCCUGGGGCCCUGCCCCUACAUUUGGAGCCUGGACACGCAGUACAGCAAGGUCCUGGCGCUGUACAACCAGCACAACCCUGGCGCGUCGGCGGCGCCAUGCUGCGUACCGCAGGCGCUGGAGCCGCUGCCCAUCGUGUACUACGUGGGCCGCAAGCCCAAGGUGGAGCAGCUGUCCAACAUGAUCGUGCGCUCCUGCAAGUGCAGCUGAAGCCCCGCCUCGCCCACAGGCCCCGCCCCACAGGCCCCGCCCACCCCGGCAGGCCCGGCCCCACCCCCGACCGCCUCACUGGGGCUAUAUUUAAGGACACCGCGCCCCAAGCCCACCUGGGGUCCAUUAAAGGUGGAGAGAGGACUGUG